CCUUAAUUAAUUACCAUUUACCAACGUUACAAUAAGUUAUCUCGUAAACAUUGAAUGAUUUUCAUGGUGACCCCAUGCUACAACUGCCAAUAAAUACCGACAUUUUGGUGAGGGUUAAAGCUUUACAACACAAGAUUUUUCGAAGUCUUAAAAAGAAUAUUUAAGAAAUCAAAUACUUAUCAUAACAUGGCUUGCAAAAACAAUCGUGUUGUGAAGCAGAUCAUCCACUUAUACGACCAAAUCUCAAAGCUCGAGAGUUUAAAACCUUCAAAAAAUGUCGACACAUUGUUCGGACAACUCGUGUCCACGUGCUUACCCACGGACACAAACAUCGAUGUCACAAAGAUGAGUGAAGAAGUCAAAGACAUGAGAUCUAACCUCAUCAAGCUAUGUGGUGAAGCCGAAGGUUAUUUAGAGCAACACUUCUCCACAAUCUUGGGAUCUUUAUUACAAGAAGACCAAAACCCACUCGACCAUUUAAACAUCUUUCCUUACUACAACAACUACCUCAAGCUAGGCAAGCUUGAGUUCAAUCUCUUGAGUCAACACUCGAGCCAUGUUCCGUCCAAGAUUGCCUUCGUUGGCUCCGGACCUAUGCCUCUCACAUCAAUCGUCUUGGCUAAGUUCCACCUCCCAAACACGACGUUCCACAACUUUGACAUCGAUUCACACGCAAACGCACUCGCUUCAAGCCUCGUCUCUCGCGAUCCAGACCUCUCAAAACGCAUGAUCUUCCACACAACGGACGUGCUAAACGCCACGGAAGGGCUAGACCAAUACGACGUCGUUUUCUUGGCGGCUCUCGUUGGAAUGGACAAAGAGGCAAAGGUCAAAGCCAUCGAGCACUUGGAGAAACACAUGGCUCUUGGAGCUGUCCUCAUGCUAAGGAGUGCUCAUGCUCUUAGAGCCUUCUUGUACCCAAUCGUUGACUCUUCUGAUCUCAAAGGCUUCCAGCUCUUGACCAUAUUUCAUCCGACCGAUGACGUGGUUAACUCGGUUGUGAUCGCACGGAAGCUCGGUGGUUCGACUAUUAGAAGAUCUCGGUGAUAAUGAGAUCACCUAGAAUAUAUUAAACUCGCUCCACUGGAUAUAAAUGUCAUAUUAAACUUGCUCGACCGAGUAUAAAUGUCCUAAAGUUCCAAAAUUUCUGGCCGAUUAGGGAUAUCUAUCUCAUAUCUAAAAUUCUAAGAGACAUAAUCCAUAAUAAAUCUGAAUCUAACAUAGUGUCAGAGCUUAUAUCUUAAAUACCCUAAUCUCUUAAUAUCGACUACCACGAACGGGGUCAAUGGUACUCGUGGCUACAUGUUAAUGCCUUGUAACUGCUCUAAGGUCCAUGCGAUUAUGAAUAAUUGUUGCAAGAAGAAUAAGAUGAUCGAGGAGUUUAGUGCCAUUGAGUAAUUAAAGCAAAAAAUAAAUA